UGCUCCUAUUGGUUUAGCUGAAGGUCAGCUGCUGCAGCGGAGACCCACGUGCAGCUACGCGCAUUUCAAGAUCAAGAUGGCGGCCUCCGUGUGUCGGUGCUACGAGCUGGUUGGCAGGCGAGCCUUGGCCCUCUGCUCCCGGCCUCUGGUCUCUUCAGCGUGGAGAGGAGAUGUCUACACGCUACAUCGGAGCUCCGCGGCAAAUGUGCAGGUGCGAUAUGCUUCAGGACGUAAAGGUUUCCUGGGAGAGUUUGUGGAUAAUCUGCGUCAGGAAUUCAGUAAGAAUCAGGAGAUGAAAGAGAACAUAAAGAAGUUCAGAGAAGAGGCCAAGAGGCUUGAGGAGUCCGAUGCUCUGCAACAAGCUCGCAGGAAAUAUAAAUCUAUAGAGUCUGAGACAGUGAAGACUUCAGAGGUGUUUAAGAAGACAUUUGGCUCCCUGUCAGAAACCGUCAAGGAGGGUCUUGACGAGGUGAGUCGGACUGACAUCGGGAAGAAGAUCAAGGAAAGUGUGGAGGAGGCUGCCAAGACAGCCAUGCACUCUGCUGAGACCGUCUCCAAAGGAGGAGAGAAACUGGGCAGAACCGGCGCAUUCAGGGCCAUCUCACAGGGUGUGGAGACCAUGAAGAAAGAGAUAGACGUCGGCGAUGCCGGCGCUUACAGAGCUCCUUCUCAGCUAAGGAAGAGAAGUGAUUUCUCCUCCAAAGGAGCCGACAGCGACUCCAGAGUGUUCGAGGCCAAUGAAGAGGAUACGGGUGUUGUCCUCCACAAGGACUCUAAGUGGUACCAGCAGUGGAAGGAGUUCAAGGACAAUAACAUUGUUUUUAACAGAUUCUUUGAGAUGAAGAUGAAAUAUGAUGAAAGUGACAACGCCCUGGUCCGAGCAUCCAGAGCUGUGACUGACCGAGUCACCGGCUUCCUAGGUGGUCUUUUUUCAAAAACGGAAAUGUCAGAGGUGUUGACAGAGAUCGUGAAGGCAGACCCCACCUUUGACAAAGACUCUUUCCUCAAACAGUGUGAGAAAGACAUCAUCCCUAACAUACUGGAGGCCAUGAUCCGUGGAGAGCUGGAUGUAUUAAAGGACUGGUGCUAUGAAGCUACGUACAGUCAGCUGGCUCACCCCAUCCAGCAGGCCAGAGGGCUGGGGCUGCUCUUCCAGUCCAAAAUCCUUGACAUUGACAACAUAGAUCUUGCGAUGGGUAAGAUGAUGGACCAGGGCCCAGUGCUGAUCAUCACCUUCCAGGCUCAGGUUGUCAUGGUGAUCCGCAGCCCCAAAGGAGAAAUUGUGGAAGGAGAUCCGGAGAAGGUGAUGAAGAUGAUGUAUGUUUGGGCGUUGUGUCGGGACCAGGAGGAGCUGAACCCUAACGCAGCCUGGAGACUCCUUGAUAUCUCUGCCUCCAGUACCGAGCAGGCUCUCUAGGAGGAGGCAGCGCGCAGAUGAAAAGGCAGACAUGGGACACACCAACUGUAAAGGGCAGAAGAUACAGGGAUGGGCCUGGAACACCUGCACGUACUGACUCACACAUAAAGAAACAUCUGAGAGCAGGGUUCACCAAUGCUCCUGUGUUGUGCCAGAGACUGUAAUUGCACACACUCACAUGUCCGAAUGCCGCACAUGUAUACAUAUUCAUCUACUGUAUGGUGCAAGGAUAUACAUGAACAUAGAGAUAAACUACCGGUAUAUGAUAUGUGAUAGAAAACAUGCGUGCGCCAGAAAUAUGUGUGUGUGUGUUGUCUCUUGCACCGGUCAGCUCAAUGUUUGGGUUUCCAGGUGGAGAGUGAAUACAGAACAUUUUCGAAUGGAUGGAACCAAGUUUUUCAAAAACUGGCUGAAAAUGAACCCGUGCCAUUCCUUUCAUUGUUUUAUCCAAAGGUAGAGUCCAUCCAUACCAGCCUGGUGGCUAGUUUUAAGAAGACCAAUGG